GUGGACAUGACCAAAGUGAACCUGGAAGUCAUCAAACCUUGGAUUACCCAACGAGUGACAGAGAUUCUGGGAUUCGAGGAUGAUGUCGUCAUAGAGUUCAUAUUUAACCAGCUUGAGGAAAAGGCCUGAACCAAUAUGGAUGUUAUACCUUGCAUCAGAAGUAUAGCACCAACACCUAAUUAGCUCUCUCCUGAGCCCAAAGUCACUGAGCCCAACUCUCCCUUCAUGAUGCAGUGUGUGGUUUGAGGUGAGUUAUAUGCAGGGAUCACCUAUAUCAUGUCAGUGAAAGACACACCUGAACAAUGCCAUAAUCAUAUUCUCCGUAGGUACUUGCAGUGCAUCAUUAAACUGCCCAGAUCCCUUUUAAAUGUAACUGGAAUUAUAGGCUAAAAACAGUGAGGAUUUAACAAUGUGCCACAGCCUAUUGUUAAGAGUAUUGGAUCUCCUUUUUUACAUUCUUAAAAGAGUGAAGAGUAUUUUAACACCAAGCUGAAAUAGAUUGUUUAAGUGAAAGUUUCAAGUCUUUUGCACCUCUUUUGGGUGUGGUCAGAAAUGUCCUCUGUUGCACUGGUAACCAUUCCUAAAAGUGAUGCGAUGGUUGUCAUGAUCACACCCCAGGUGUAUCUGCAUCAUUGUGGCAAGUUCAGAACUUAAGCCACUGGAGGUCAGCAAAAACAAGAUCUUGAGCUGAUUUUGAGUUACACUGUAACAAGUCUGUUAAAACCUCUGACUCCACCAGCAUCUCAAGUGAGUGUGGUCAGAUGUGUAACAGACUCCUGAUUUGCAACCAUAAGUAACAAUACUUUUCAGCUUGGUGUUAAGUUACUCUUUAUGUUUUCGACUGUAACAAAGUCCUUCUUGGCAGUAGAGCUGUAAUGUGAAGCCCAACUGGUGUUAUGUAUUUCAUUUCGAACUCUAAACUGCAUGUUCUUCAUCUCAGAGGCUGUAGGCUACUUUAUUUAAAUAGACUCAUCACAGCCAUCAUAACCGAGUUAACUUUUUUUAAUUUAUUUUUUUUGAAUCAUACUGCUCCACUGAUAUGUUAAACCAUGUUGAAGCUAAGUUUAAAGGGUUCUGUUGCAUAAUGGUAAGAUUGGCUAAUUGAAUUGAGAUUACGGUAUCUCACAAUUAUUCUAUCAGUUGUUGAAAUAAAACUCCUUUUUUUGUGUAACUGUGUACUCAUUAUUGCUUGUUCGUCUCUUGCAAUUUAGAUAAAUGAUAUAACAUUAAGCUCAAGGUGGUUGAGUCUCAAGCAGUAGGGAGGCGGAAGCAAGCCAAGGGAGCUCCGUGCCCACUGAUCCCACGGGACUCACUGAAGACACCGGAACUGUACUUGCAGUGUUGGGUUUUAAUGCACUCUGUAUUGUGGCUAUUUGUUUAACUCCUGAAGUGUAGACGGAGGGGAGACUGGAAAACAGUGGGUGGGUAGGGACACAGAAAUGUAAAGUAGUGAGGAUAGCACUGAGGAAAUCAAAGUAUUGAUAUGGCAUUUUUUUUUAAUGAUAGAUUAUGUAUCUGGGAAAUAAAAAUUGGUCAUAACAGCAGUAUUGCAUGCAGUUUUUAUAUGACUAGAUAUGUCUCCCCUCAGCAAGCUUGCAUUCUCAGUUUGAGUUUGUGAGUACAAUUUAAAUCAAUCACACUUUUAUUUUGAUUGGUUAUUGAGUCCAGUAUUGGACCCAAGGACGUUAAAUAUUCUAGUCAGUAUCUAACAUGUUUUGAGUAUGGUUAACUACAUAGUCACAGGUAUAGUUUAGUGAAGAGUAGAAGGUAGGAAGCCCCAUUUGUGGGAUCCUACCUCCCUCUGAUAUUUGCCUUCAAUCAUUUCAAUUGCCAUAUGGUCUUUCUCUCCCCCCUUCGUGUGUGUGUUGCAGCAUCCGGACAGCAAGAUGAUGCAGAUCAACCUGACAGGCUUCCUGAAUGGGAAGAAUGCCCGUGAGUUCAUGAAGGACCUGUGGCCCCUGCUGUUGAGUGCCCAGGAGAACAUUGCCGGCAUCCCCUCUGCUUUUUUGGAACAGAAGAAAGAGGAAAUUAAACAGAGACAGAUUGAGCAAGAGAAGCUAGCUUCUCUUAAGAAGGUGGAUGAAGACAAGAAGGAAAAGGACAAGGAAACCAGAGAGAGGGCUCAGUCAAAGAGCCCGAGGAGGCGAAAGACAAGGUCACCAUCACCACGGCGAAGGUCACCAGUGAAGCGGGAAAGGAAACAUAGCCCCUCACGCUCCCCAAGACGCAAACCUAGCCCAGCUGGUGGCAACUCACCCCCUCCACCCCUGAUGCAGCUGCCUACAAAACCGUUAGAGCAGCUUGUGGAGCCAGAUACAUCAGGAAGAGCUCUGCCAGAACCAGUGGUCCAAGAAGCUUCUUCCACCUGUGACACAGUUGUGGAGGUGGUGAAAGCUGACUCAGUGACAGAAGUCAAAGAACCCUCCCUAGAGAAAACUCAUAAGAAAGAGGAAAGACCCAGGUCUCGGGAAAGGGAGAAGGACAGCAGGAGGGAAAGGCCUCACCACCGCUCCCGUUCUCAUUCCCGUUCUCGCAGACGUCGCUCCCGUUCUAGAUCAUACUCCCCUCGUAGAAGGCAGAGUCCCAGGAGGAGAAUGUCACCUCGUCGAAGGAGUCCCCCCAGACGUGGUCCCACCAGCUCCAGACACAGACACAGACGCUCCCCAGUCCGCAGGAGGCGUUCUCGCUCUGCUUCAUCCUCUGGCAGCAGCUCCUCAGGCUCUCGCUCACCUAAAAAAGCGAUGAAAAGAAUAUCUAGCACACCUCCCCGAAAACAGGUCCAUCAUCCAGACACCUCCAUUAGCCCUGCGGGGAAGGACAGGCGCUCACCGUCUCCACGGGCUAGAAGAGGCCGGGGUUCGGCUUCCCCACCCAGAUCAUCUGGUUUAAAGCGAAAACCAGGAGGAAGGGGUGAUUCUCCACCUGAUAAUACCAAGCCCAGACACUCUGAAGGGUCUGACUCAGAGGAGGAUAAAAAUGAGAAAGGGGCAACAGCAGAUUCGGUGCAGCAGCGACGUCAGUAUCGCAGACAGAAUCGACAGUCGUCUUCAGAUACAGGGUCUUCCUCCUCAGAAGAUGAGGGACCCAAGAGGCCGACAGCAGGGCCAGGUGCAAGGAAUGGUGAAGUCAGGAGGAGACGAAGCCGUACGCCUUCCCCACGGAGGCGACACAGGGAUCUCUCUCCAAGGAAAAGAAGAUCUCCAUCUCCUGGACGCAGACGACGCUCCCCCUCUCCCCCACGACGUCGCAGAUCUCCCUCUCCUCCUAGACGCAGGUCUCCCUCCCCACCUCCCCGUCGACGAUCUCCAUCCCCCAGACGAUAUUCUCCUCCUAUCCAGCGUCGCUACAGCCCCUCACCAUUGCCUCCACAGAAGAGGAAGAUGUCUAGCUCUCCUGCUAAACGCUCCUCUCCAGGGCCCAAGCGACGUCCCUCUAGGUCCCCCAAGCGCAGAAGUUCUCCUGCUCAAAGGAGACGCACACCUCCAUCCUCCUCAUCACCACCACCAAGACAUAGGAGGAGCCCCAUGUUGCCUUCUGGCUGGCAAAGCAGGGACACACGGUCCCCUGCUGCAGGAGCCGGCCGCCCGUCCCCAUCUCCUGUAAACCGCAGUCGCAAUCUUAGGGGUUCCACCAGUCCCCAGGGACGUUUUGAAAGCUCCUGCACAUCUCCAUCAAACCAGCGAAGACAGCAGUCCCCUUCACACAGUGGCAAACCCUUCCGCAGAGUGUCCCGCACCCCAGAGCCACGCAGCAACCAGAGACCCUUUCCAAGCCCCCAGCCUAUGAGGAGAGCAUCUUCCAGAUCAAGAUCUGUUUCUCCUCAACCAGCAGCUCAGAAACGUCCACCCCCUGCAUCUGCCUCCCCCUCACCGUCUCGCUCUGCUAGUGGGUCCCCACCACCAGCCAAAAAGGCCAGCAGCGGUUCCGGCAGUCAGUCCCCAAGCAAGAACUCAGAUGUUGACGGCAGUGGGAAGAAAAAGAAGAAGAAGAAGGAAAAGAAACACAAGAAAGAGAAGAAACAUAAGAAGCACAAGAAGCACAAGAAGGAGAAGAGUGGUGCUGCUGGUAAUGGAGAUGGGCAAGAAAACCAGGUUGUGGAGGAGGAUGGAGAUUCAAGAAAGGAAUCAGAUAGUGAAGUAGAUGACAGCUUGGACGACCUAGAGAAGCACCUAAGAGAGAAGGCCCUGCGCUCCAUGAGGAAGGCCCAGAUGUCUCCAUCACAGAUGUCCUGAAAACAAGGGGCUUUCUCACUUUUGAAUUUUCCACUCACUCUUGAUGUUUGUCAUCAACCUGGUUCAGCUUUAGAAUGUACAAAUUGUUAAUUCUUGAGUCUUUUGUUUUUCUCUUUUUACUGGUUUGGUACAUUCUGAAGAGUGCGUUGCAUUAUGAGCUUGAUUUGUCAGUUAGUGUAUUAUCUAAACUGUAAAGAAGCUUGUGUUGUCUAUCAUUUUAAAUUGUUGAGCAGGGAAACGGUUUAAGCUCGGAGGUUAGAGUUGGGCAGGUUUCAAUUAUUUUCCACAGCCUACACUAGAUUCCAUUGAGAAAUUAUUGCAUGUGCAGUGAUUGUCUCUGAUGUGCAUGAACCACUGACCUUAUGGAGUGUAGAGAAAAACCAACAUACAGUAACAUACUGUUACUACUGCCUUUUUAUUAGUGGAACCAGUGACACAGCUGUGUGCACUGUUAGAGGCCCUAACAGAAUGUCUUGUCCCACAUUGUAACUCAAUAGAGGUGUUUGGCAUUGUUUAACCUGCUGUUUUUUCUGACUUUGAAAUGAUCUUGUUUUAUGACUAAAACAGUCUGAUAUGAUACAGAGUAUGCUUUAAUUUUCCAAAUGAAUUGAUAUGCAAUUUUAUGUUGACACUCUUGCACCAAGCUAAUCUCUGUGGGACUGCUCUAUAAUUUGUAUUUAGCAACCCUGGCUCUUGUCAUCUGGUCAUCCUUUCAGAAUUAAAACCUUUUUAUAGGA